GACUGUUUUGGUGAAUUCAUCACAGUCACAGUUGAAACUCAAUUGCAAAAUGAAGGCAGCUCUCUUCUCAGCCACUUUGGUCGUCCUGAUGGCCGUUGUCGUCCAGUGCCAAAAUCCAAAUUUCCAGCAGCUAAUGAAGCAAUGCAUGGACGAGACAAAGAUGACGGAGGCGGAGUUGAAGGAAUUCAUGACGGGCGGCAUGAAGAGCACGACCAAUGAGAACCUCAAAUGCUACACCAAGUGUCUGAUGGAGAAGCAAGGUCACAUGGUCAAUGGACAGUUCAAUGCGGAUGCCCUGCUGAACACCCUCAGAAAUGUGCCGCAAAUGAAGGAUAAAAUGGAUGAGAUAACCUCCGGUGUGAAUGCCUGCAAGGACUUGAAAGGCACCAACGAUUGUGAUACCGCAUUCAAAAUAACCAUGUGUCUUAAGGAGCACAAGACGAUGGGACCUCAUCCAGGUGCUCACUAAGCUUGGUUAUUCGAUAAAGAAGGACUACUCUUUGGACUCGAAAGUGUUUUACAAGAAUUUUCAAUAAAUGUUGUUUGUGUUUCA